GUCGCCGUUGUUUGGUAACUGCAGUACGAUAUCUCCGUCAUCACGUUUCCGUCCGGCACAACUCCAACAUCCAUCGACGGUGAAGAUACCUAAACAACACAAAAAAGAAAUAAGAACAUUCAGCUUUCAAAUUGAAGAGGUUGUGUUUUCUGUUUUCUUGCAUAAUAGCAGGUUUUUGUAAUACACUUUAGUUGUGGUUAUUUCUUAAACAAGGGAGAAAAAGGAGAUGCUGAAAUUCCUAUCGAGGGUGAAGGUCGAGUUCAAUGCGCUAGAUCCACGAACUGCAUCAUGUAUGGAGUUUCUAGCGCAAUGCAACUCACGAAAGGCGAAAGAAUCAAACCCUGCCUGCGAAGUUGAGGUGAAACGUGGAAAUGUGGAGCACCCACCACAGAUCACAGUGACAUUUGUUAAUGGUGUGGAAGAAGCGUUUGAUGCAACAUCAACACCGGUUCACCGUAUAACGAGGAUGAUUCUGGAAAAGGGCCAGCUCCUUGAGACCGAACAAAUGUUUCGUGAAGCAGGGGAACAAUGGCCUGUUAUCAUUCCCGAUGAAGAACUCUCUCAACAUGCACCUGGCACCAAACCAAGGAAAGCAGAGGAGAAGAAGCAAUAGCUAAAACUGGUUUAGCUUAUUAACCACUAGGAUUUGUUCUAGAUUUUUUCCUGUUUUAUCUCGCAUCUGCUGCCUCCCUUGCUGUAUCUUAGGGCUGAGUUAUCGAGUUAUCGUCUGAUUUUCAUAAUAAUUGAUAGCUCUUAAUCGCAGAAUUUUGAAGUUGUAAUCUUGUCAUGCUUAAUUUUGUUUCAUCAAGUUGACGCCCAUGAAGUUAUGUGUGAGCAUCGUCGCCUAUUUAGUUUCACUAUGCCUUGGUUAAAGCUGUCAAAUGGUAUAACUUUAUUGGUUCGAAACACAA